AUGAGUGGGAGAACCUACGUUGUGAUAUUCUUCUUCUGGGCUGCCCUCACUCUCAUCACGCCCACACUCAUUCUCCUCUCAGAGACUUCAAAGCCCUACUUGGAUUCAAAUGUUGAGAAAAUUGAAGGAAUCAAGGCUAGAAGAAUGAUAGAAAUCAUGAGAUAUCAAAGAAGCAGAGCAACCACAGAAGCACCUGCACCAACUCCAACUUCAGACCUGAAACCAGCUUUGGAGGCUAGAGAAACCAAUAUUGGAAAGGGCUUGUUAGAAUCUUUGAGAUUGAUGAUCAAAAAUACCAAGUUCAAGUUAACGUGA